AAAUACUUUGGAUUCUACCGCGAAAAACAUUCGUCUGGUGGCGAAGAAAUACAGCACGACCAAUCACAGUAGACCGCGGCUGUCCCACGUGACAUGUUAUAAACUUCUGAAAAAAAGCAAGAUGUCAGCUAACGGUUGUGUGACAGCUAUCCAGCUUGAUUCCCUCAAGCAAGCUGACAAACCACAGAUCCACCUGCUGCCUUGUGAAAUAGAGCAUGACGGACCUGCUGAAGUCUUCAAGUUCUUUAAUCCCACUGUGAAGGAACGCAAACACGAAACGACAGUGUCAUUGAGAGGUCGGGGGCUGAAGGGUCAGGAAUUGCAUUGCCCAAAUGGGUACACAGGCCUAGUGCUAAAAGAGGUCCAGAAGCCUGCAUCUGAUCAAGAGGACAGAGUAGUGAAAGUUUCUUCAGUGUUCCAUCAUUUCACAUACUGGAAUCUGGAGACUCCUCCCACAUCCGAUGAUGGAGUUGUGAUGGCGAUGACAUGGCCUAAGCUAGCAGAGGCAAUGCAUGGACCAGUGGACUGAUAAUGGACAUUGUUUUGUUGUUGUGGAGAUCUGCUUCUCAAGUACAUAGUUACAGUUAAACAAAUGUGAAAAUGAUUCUUUGUUGGAAGACAGUAUAAGUUACUGUGUUGUGGUAGUAAACACCAUUUUUACCAAACAUAUGUUGAAGAAUAUCACAAUGCAACAUUAAAAGUCUUAUCAUUUUACCUUGUGCAGAAUUUUAAUUUCAACAUAUUUGGCCAUUAUUUAACAGUAAAAUAUACAUUUUAUUAUGAUUAGAAUGGAUUAGAAUUCAAUCGUUUGGGGUUCAUGAUUUUUAUUUUUUUAAAGAAGUCUCUUAUGCUCACCAAGGAUGCAUUUAGUGGAUCAAAAAUACAGUAAAAC